AGGCAAUGGUUUCCAACAUUCCCGGGGCAACCCCUCAAGCUCGGCCGCCAGAUCCUGGUGGCCCAACAGAUAUAUAUCCGCUGCGGGACGAGGAGCGGCCGCGGGCGUACAACCUCGCUUUGACCACAGUUGUGCGGACUGAAGCGUACGUUAACCUCAACGACCCCGCUCUCCCCCCAUAUAGGCCAGACGCCGCGUUCUGCCUAUACCCGCACUUCCCAGACAUCAGCGCUCGCUGGCAGCUGCUCAAGCCCAGCUAUGACGCGCUCGUGUCUCGUCACGAAGCACUCGAGGCAAGCCGGCAGUCUCUGCACUUCUCGGCCGGUAGCUACUCGUCCUACUACCAUCAGUACGGACAGAGUGUCGCCCCGCCGUGCGCGUACGCGCCUGCGCCUGCGCCCCCGGCGACAGUCUCCAGUGCCUUUGGGUCACCUCCGCCUGCCUCUACUGGAGCGUUUAGCCAGCCGCUUCCUGAAGGCCCGGGUGGAUUCCCGCUGUAUGCCAGUCGGACUCCGAGUCCUCUCUUCUCGAAAGAACAGACGCCUUGGGGCUUCAACUCGGACGACGAGGACGAGCCGAAGCCCACGGAUGGCCCCAAGAAGCGCACCCGCCGUGGCCGACGCGGUAAGAAGCACAACGCGGCACAGGAGCAAGAGGCGCCAGGUCCCGCCCCACCGCAGACACGUCCGUCUCCUCAGCAGACUGCUCAGGCAAAGUGCGGCGUCCCGGCUGGCCGUCCUCGGCAGCAGAACACUCGACCCACGCCGCCGCAGACUGCUCAGCAGCCGGCCAUGGCUCGUCCUGCGCCUGCCCAGGCUCCACCCGCAAACCCCAACCGUCCUCAGAUCACGGAUGAGAUCUCGAAGCGUCCUUCGAGAUGGGAGGCCGUGAAUCCGAAGUCGCGCCCGCCCGCAGAUCUCGGUCUCAAGCCCCAUGUACACAAGAAGUACGGCGACGGACCACUUCCCGUCAACGUGUACAAUGCGCUCAGCGAGUUCGAUCUCGGCCUCUGCCCGUUCACGUUCGAUCCCAACCUAAAGCUCCGCUGUCCCAAUGAAGGGUGCUGCUUUUGGCGCGAGUGGCUCCUCGACGGGUUGGAACGACGGUGGGCUGACAAGGACUGGUACGCCAAGGCACGAAAGGCCGGCAAGCUCCAGCAAUACUCUCCCGACGACGCGAAAUCCGGCUACAACAGCGAUGUGCCGCGAUUCCAGCGCGACGGCAGGGUUUUCACCAAGGCGCCCGACUUCAAGGAGGCCGCCGUGCCCGAGGACUCUCCGUGGGCGACGUAGAAGAACCAGAACUUCCUCGAGGAUCUAGGUAACCUCACUCCGGCGCAGCGGCGCGUAAUGCAACACCAGUUCCCGUCCGCUGCUGCAGAGGUGCCCGCCGCGAGCAGACCAAGCGCAAGGCUCGCUCUGCGGAGGAGCAGAAGGGAGGAGAAGGGAAGGAAGCGAAGGCUAGCGGCGUGCUCAGCGUCAGCGGGAAUACCGUAGUCCUUGAGGACUACAUGACCUCGCCCGACAAGGGCAAGGAAAAGGACGAGGACGCUGCCUCUCGCACAUAGUGCGCUUGAGACGCAUCGGCUGCCCGCCGCAGCUCCUUCGCGGUAGAUAGAGUGGAAUGGAUA